AUGGUCUCAUACCUACACUGCACUGCCAUUCCACCUCUCCCUCUAGAGAAGGCCUGGAGGAAGGAGCCUCGGACCAGAUCUCCGCUUCGCCCCGUGGUCCUGCCUGACAACCUCCACCUGCUGACAUUCAGUGUCCCGGGCUGGGUCUACAGCUCCAACCACACCCUGCACCUCCACAACAUAGAGACAGGUACCCCUGGAUCCACACAGCCGGACUACGAUCGGGUCCUACUGAGGAUCAUGCAUCUGUAUGAGAAGGGGGAAGACCCGGUUCUCUCUCAGCCGGCUACAAUUAACAUGAAGGAAGUGCUGCGGGGCAUGGGAGAAGUGGGAGCGGUGGAGGAGCGCUCUCUCACAGGAACCUGGGAUAUCUCCGACCUCCAGAGGUGGAAGUGGAAGACUUCAGAAGACCCAGGGAGAGGGGUCAAGAGGUCAAGUAUUGGUGUGAGAGGUGAUUUCAAUGUGACCAUAUCACCCAAAGAAAUCAGGACCUUCUUCAUUUACUUCAAGUAGAAAGUUCCAGUUCCCCUUCAGUCUUCUGUGAAGAUGGAUAACUAAUCUAAAGAGAGGCCUUUUGACAUGUAGAACAUGGGAUUAAACAUUCUGUGAUGUACAUUCUCUAAUGUAACACAUGUGACAUUGUAUGACCAGGAUGUGGAUUAUCUUGAAGUGCCGGACUACUUUUUCUGUAUAAAAUUGAGUAUAAUCUAAAA